AUGUCUGCACUCGAUGCCCAACCUGCACAUUCUCCCGUCACCGGCUUAGAAUCCAAUUUACCAACUCUUGAUAAGCUGGGUGCUACAGUUCCUCCCGACCUCGACGCUCAUGAAGUUGCGUCGGAGUGUUUCUGCGCGUUUUCGCAGCGAGUAUCGUCCAAUGACGUCGCGGGCGUCGUCCGUCUUUUCGCCGAGGAGGGAUGGUGGCGAGACCUACUUGCAUUAACAUGGGACUUCCGUACGUUUCAUGGAGCCGCGAAGAUCACCAGGUUCUUGGAGAAUCAGCUUCCGGCCAUGAAGCCAACGGCGUUCAAGCUAAAGAACGCUAGUUUACUGCGGCCGUACCCCGACCUCGUAUGGCUCAUGGGGCUAUUCGACUUCGAGACAGAAGUGGGGAUUGGAAGCGGUAUCUUCCGUCUCGUUCCGACGUCGAGUGGGAUAUGGAAGGGUUAUACAAUGUUUACUAAUCUUGAAGAUCUGAAAGGAUUCCCAGAGAAGGUUGGGCCGUUUGCCGAAUCCGCAUCCAAUGGAGGCCUAUGGGAAACAGAGCGAGAACAUGCCAGGUCGUUUGCGGAGAGCGAUCCUGCAGUCCUCAUUAUUGGGGGUGGCCAGGGCGGGCUCACAGUUGCUGCGCGGCUGAAAUGCUUGGGUGUUUCCACCUUGGUGAUAGAACAGCAAGAUCGGAUCGGAGACAAUUGGAGGGAUCGGUAUGAAGCGCUUUGUCUAAAUGAUCCCGUUUCGAUGGCAACACAUGUCGAUCAGACCGACGGUAAAUGGGCUGUCACAGUACGAAGAAAGGACGGGGCUCAACGAGUCUUCCAUGUUGAUCAUGUGGUAUUGGCGAUUGGAUGGCACGGAGGUGUCCCGUAUAUUCCGGCCUUCCCGGGACGAGAUGAGUUUCGGGGACAAGUACUCCACUCCACCCAGCACCGUUCUGCUAGGGAUCAUGUUGGAAAGAAGGUAGUCAUUGUUGGUGCGGCUUCGUCAGCCCAUGAUAUCGCCGCCGAUUAUGCAGAACAUGGCGUAGAUGUCACCCUCGUCCAGAGAAACGCGACAUUUGUUAUGUCAACUACGUCAGGAAUACCACUCGUCGUCGGAUUGUAUCGCGAUGGUGGUGUCUCCACGGACGUCGCGGAUCGUUUGUCCAAUUCAAUGCCGGUGCUCUUGCAGAAUGAGGCAAAUGAUCGCAUCAUGGCUGCUAUUGCAGAUGCGGACAAGGACCUUUUGCACGGAUUGCGGAAAGUCGGAUUUAAAUGCGCCAUGGGGACGGAGGGCUCUAGUAUAGUGCACCUUAUUUAUCUUCGUGGAGGAGGCUAUUACUUAGACGUCGGUGCAUGCCAAAAAAUAAUUGACGGAGAGAUAAAGCUGAAGAACGACAGCCAAAUCGCUUAUUUCACCAAAACCGGAUUGAAAUUCGGGAAUGGAAGCGAGAUAGUCGCGGACGUCGUUAUCCUCGCAACGGGAUUCGAAAGCUCAGAGUCUGCUAUCAAGAAACUCGUUGGUUCGAAUAUUGCAUCCAAGAUGUCACCGAUCUGGAACUUAACUCCGGAAGGUGAACUUAGGGGCGUUUGGCGAUGGCUUGGAGUACCGAAUUUAUGGGUUGUGAUGGGUAGCUUGGCCAGAUGUCGGUUCCAUUCCAAGCACCUCGCGCUUCAAAUUAAGGCCGUUCAGGAAGGAGUGUACGGAAAGCGCUAUGAGGCCUGA